AUGUCCAGAGGUUCUGUGAUAAUGCUCGACAAAGAAGAUACCACCACAACCCCCCACCCUCCCCCGAAUGUGGUCCAGCAGAACGGUGUGACCACUCAUGUGAAGAGCGCUGAACAAUCCAAAGAAUCACUACACCAGCUCUGCUCGCAACUCCACGACAAGAUCUCUGCUUUCCUCGCGUCCACGCCUGAGACUGAGCUCCUCCGGCAGGUCCAGCACCAGACGAAGAUAUCCCUCCAGGUCAUCCAAGAAGCAUUACAGAGAUACUCAUUCGAUGAACUCGCCAUCUCAUUUAACGGUGGCAAAGAUUGCCUCGUACUGCUAAUAAUCUUCCUUGCCGGACUCUCCCAGAACUCGCUCUCAAAGAGCUCAAUAGCGCUCCUAAACGCAGUCUAUGUCAUGUCCCAGCACCCAUUCGCUGAAGUCGAUGAGUUCGUAGAUAUCUGCGUGCCGUCGUACCACCUCGACCUCGCUCGUUAUGCGCUCCCCAUGAAGAAGGCAUUCGAGACAUACCUCGAGCAGAACAAGAACGUGAAGGCCAUCUUCGUCGGUACGAGGCGGACAGACCCGCACGGCGAGUUCCUCACACAUUUUGACCGGACGGAUCAUGGCUGGCCGGACUUUAUGAGAGUGCACCCGGUAAUUGAUUGGCACUACCAGGAGGUUUGGGCUUUUCUGCGCGCGCUUGAGAUACCGUACUGCUCAUUGUACGAUAAGGGCUACACGUCUCUAGGCGGAACGACCGAUACCCAUCCCAACCCAGUGUUACUAGAGAACAAGAGCGGAGAGUCAACGCCGCGAUUUAAACCUGCCUAUGAGCUGGUAGAGGACCUACAAGAGAGGUUAGGGAGAGAUAGCAGGUAG